AUGACUUUCAAGAUAAAGAUUUAGAAAUUAACAAAAUAGACAUUAAUCAUUAAUGCUUUAUAUUGUUUUAAGCAAUUAAUAAUAAAGAUUAACUUAACAUUGAUGACAGUAGAGAAACUCCUUGUUGAAAUAUUCCUAUAAUUACAAAUAAUCCAAAUAAUGUUAAUAAUCCAAAAUAACAAAAACUUUAGAAAAAAUCUUCAUCUAAGAAAAAAUAAGGAAAUAUUGUUAUCUAAAGAAUAAAUUUAGAAGAUACAUUUUGAUAAUAUUGUUCAUGUUUAAUCUAAAUUUUAUAAAUAUUUUCAUUCACAAUUUUUAUUAAGUUUAAAAACCAAUAAUUUUUACUCUAAUUCUUAAAAUCUUUUUCAUAUAAAACUUAUAAUGAAUAAAAAGAAAUUUAGUUAAUAAAUAUUAAAAAUACUAAUCAUAAUAUAACUAUUAAUUUUACUGAUUGUUAAUCUGAAAGUCUUAUGA